AUUGCAGUGUGGAAGAAUCAUCACAUGCGGACAGUUACCAACUAUUUCAUAGUGAAUCUUUCUCUGGCUGACAUUCUGGUCACAAUUACUUGUCUUCCAGCAACUUUAGUAGUGGACAUCACAGAAACAUGGUUCUUUGGGCAGCCCCUCUGCAAAGUGAUUCCCUACUUACAGACAGUUUCAGUCUCUGUGUCUGUACUAACACUCAGCUGCAUUGCUUUGGAUCGAUGGUAUGCAAUUUGUCACCCUUUGAUGUUUAAAAGCACAGCCAAGCGAGCAAGGAACAGCAUUAUAAUUAUCUGGAUUGUGUCCUGCAUCAUAAUGAUUCCUCAGGCUAUUGUUAUGGAGUGCAGCAGUGUGUUCCCAGGAUUAGCCAAUAAAACCACCUUGUUCACAGUGUGUGAUGAGCACUGGGGAGCUGAGGUUUACCCCAAAAUGUAUCACACAUGCUUUUUUCUGGUGACAUACAUGGCACCACUGUGUCUUAUGGUGUUGGCCUAUUUGCAAAUCUUUCGAAAGCUGUGGUGUCGCCAGAUCCCAGGAACUUCUUCUGUUGUUCAGAAAAAAUGGAAGCCUCUCCAGUCCUCAGCACAGCCCCGGGGGCUGGGACAAUCAACAAAGUCAAAGAUUAGCGCUGUGGCAGCUGAAAUAAAACAGAUUCGUGCAAGGAGGAAAACAGCACGUAUGCUGAUGGUCGUCCUUCUGGUUUUUGCACUUUGCUAUCUACCAAUUAGCAUCCUCAAUGUCUUGAAAAGGGUUUUUGGGAUGUUUAAUCAUGCCGAUGACAGAGAAACUGUAUACGCCUGGUUCACGUUCUCACACUGGCUCGUAUAUGCAAACAGUGCAGCCAAUCCUAUUAUUUAUAACUUCCUCAGUGGGAAAUUUAGAGAAGAAUUCAAAGCAGCAUUUUCUUGUUGCAUCUUUGGCAUUCGCAGUCACCACGAUGAACGACUCACCAGAGGACAUGCCAGUACAGAGAGUCGGAAAUCCUUGACCACCCAGAUCAGCAAUUUUGAUAACAUUUCAAAACUUUCAGAACACGUUGUAUUGACCAACAUAAACACACUUCCAGCAAAUGGUAUUCCAGCUACACUCAGCCCAUUGAAAUCAGUCGAACUGCAUUUCCACAUACCAGGGAUGAACAUGACUUCAAAUUUAGAUGAAGCUGUGAGGGUUUCUGCAGAAGACACUGGCAACAAAGAGAAAGUGGAGUGGGACAAAUUUCUCCCUAGCAUAACUAAACUUACCUCAAUGGAGUUACAGCAAGGAUGACUUUGGCCAAUACGUGUAAGACCACCAGAAGAUUUCACAUGCUUUUAGCUGCGUUACAGACUACAACAACUGGACAAAAGGAUUCUUUCAAAAUGACUGCCUCUCCUAUUUCUUCUCAGUCUUACAGAAACCUACUUACCUCAGUAUGAGCUGAAGAACAUGUCUUUGCAAGUCUUUUUAAGGAUUGGAUUGUAUAAUACUUUGUAAAUACUGUAGAUAUUUAUUUUUAUAUAUUUUAGAUGCUGUGGAAUGUUCUAAAAUUUACCAUAUAAAGAACUCUUAAGUAUUUG